AUGACUGGUAAGGAUGAAGUUGCUUUAAAAACCAGUACUCCAAGACAGAAAGCCUCUAAAGCCAGGAAAACAAACCUACCCCCUGACCAUCUGCAAAAGACAUCUCAGGAGAAAAGGAAAUGUGGUGCAGGACAUAUACGUGCACCUUCAGGAGGUGUGCCUACGAAAACAGCACAGGAAGCCCAGCAAAGCGAACAGCUUAACAAAGUCCUCAGAAGCAAGUUAAGGACAUUUCGUGAACCCUUUGAGAAAGAGCCACCACCUCGCAUCUCUAAAGCAGAAGCACACUUGAAGGUUGAAGAAGAGAGGAAGUACGGACUCCAGGAACCGAAUGUAGCACUGGAGAACUCUAAUGACAGAACAGCUUGUACUGUUGCUUCUGCCUCUGCUGCCGUUGCUGCUGUUUCUGCUUCCACUUCCGCGGAAUCUGCGUCCACGGCUGCUUCUGCUGCUUCUAAUAUUGUUUCUGCUGCUUUUGCUUCUGCUUCGGCAGCUUCCACUUCCGCAUCUGUUGCGUUUGCUUCCGCUUCGGCAGCUUCCUCUUCCGCUGCUUCUGCCUCUGCCUCUGCUUUUGCUUCUGAUGCUUCAGCGGCUGCGGCAGCUGCUUCUGCGUCCGCCUCUGAUGCCUCUGCUGCUGCUGCUGCUGCUUCUGCGGCAGCUGCUUCUGCGGUGGCCUCCUCCAACGCUACUGUUAAUGCUGUGGUCGCUGCUGCGGUCACUGCGGCUUUCGCUGCCGUUACUGCUACUGCUGACCACAAAGGCAGUGAACCAACUCCUCAGAGGCACAGUGGGGCUACUAACCACAAGGAUUUUGCUCUUAAGGCAAAAGAAGAAUAUGAUAAGCCAAGAAGCAAAUCAAUGGUAUGGAAGGCCUGGAAGAUGGGACUCUGCCUUGGGAAGCAGCCUCAGAUGACUUUGCAGGAGGCACAGUUGCAAGAAGAACCACAGAGAGAAGGUGUCCUGAGUUCUGCAAGAAUGGAACAUCUGCUAUGGAAGCUGGAAGUUGAGUGUCUCAAGUUAGAAGACUCAGUAAAGAACCAAGCAGAAGAAAUUGAAGAGAUUGAGAAUCAACUGUUAAGAGACGAUUUGAUUAGGGACAGAAAGAAGGAACGAAAUGGAGUGAGCCAGUCAACACAAUCUCUGGCACGUGCUUUGGAACAUGAGCUGGAGAAAAGUGAAGAAUUAGAAAAGGAACUCUGUGGAUUUAUGGAAGUCUUAAAAAUAACAGAAAAGAAGUUAGAUGAAUGUGAAAACAGAGAAUUAUAUUUCUAUGAAGAUAUGAAAACGAGAACAUUUGAAAUGCUACAACAUGAGAUAAAUUAUCUUAAAGAUUCAUGGGAAUCUAUGCAUUGCAAAUAUCUACAUCAAGAUAUAAACAUUCAGUUGACUGAGCAAGAAUUGUUAAAAAUAAAAACAGAACAAGAGAAUUAUGAACACCUUCACACGACUCAAGGAAAUUUGGAAAAGGAAGUGCUAACCCUCAAAGGGCUGGUUCAGGAGAGUAAGACACAAGCAGAAGAGGAAAAUAAAUUAGAGAAAGUAAGAGAGAACAAUGAGUCAAGAAUGAGUCAAAUGAUUCUCAGAGUCAAAGGUUUAGAAUCAAGACUCCCUGAGAUAAAAAGUCAAGUGGAUUCUACCAGAAGAGAAGUGGAAAAACAUAAACAACUCUAUGUAGAAGAAAAUAAAGGCAGAAAAUCACUUUCUAAUACACUAAACAAGACAAUGGAAAAGCUAGAGGUGUCUAAAACAAAGCUUAUGCGGUUGAAUCAGCAGAAGAUGACCUUGGAAACUAUUUUGAGUUCCCUGCCUGUUCAACAGUGCCCCCAUAUUGCCAAGUUUGAUCUUGCUGUGGGGCACAACCCAAGGUUUCCUCCAAGAGAUGCCUCAUUUCUUCCUGCCUCUGAGCCUCAGCCUGAUUUUGAGAGCAUGAGGAAGGAACUGUCCAGG